AUGUACGGCGAGGGCGGAUUCGACCAGGAAGAGCCUAGAAGACGAAGCUCCGUCACCGCCAUGGUGGAGGAGGAGCAGGGAGGGAGGACCAGGACGGCGACGGCGAGUUCUAAAUCUAUCACGGGCGCCUAUACCACCUACUCAGCAGAUGACAGAUCCGAUGGAGGGGCUAGGUUAUGUGACUCUGUCGGCGGCGAGUGCGGAGGAGGUUUGGCCUUUGACGACGUUCACUCCCUGUUCAUUUCCGGCUACAGGGUUGAGGCUGUUGCUGUUGCUGUGGAGCUGAUGCACACAAUACUGUUGCUGCCAUUUCUUUCACCGCCACCGCCAGGUUUACCGAAAGACAAUGUUGUUGAUGAAUUAAUGGUGUCGUCUGUGGCAACAGCCACCACGAUGGUGAUUGGGCUGGGGGAGGUGGAUGCGCGAGCGACGAAAGCGGUGGAGGUGUUGGCCGUGGUGACGCACUAG